AUUCUGCUGACUGUUCUGGUUGGUGUAUUCCUCUUGGUCUAUCUCUUUACCUGCUGUAACCCUCCAAAGGAGCUUCUUUUUACCUGUAUUAUUGACCUCCGUUCUUUAGCGCAUGACGGCUUCAUCUCCGGGUACAUGGACUUCUACCGAACGUCGGUCAGUAUGAUUGUGAGAAAGAAGCCUCGUUGGAAGUCUUACCGCACGUUGGGACUCUUUUGGACUGGAUGACUGGAUGCCAGUAUGGAUGUUUAUUUGCUAGGCAUUAUUGUUGGUAAAUAUGUUUCAGAGGUCUAUCCUGCCUUCCACUUUCCCUUCUUACUGAUGUCUAUGCAGGGAGCCAAACACCUGUUCCGGAGACUGAGGGAAAUGCUUGUUGUGGCUGAACUGACAGUGAUGUGGAAUCAAUGUUGUUGCCCACCUGAAAUAUUCACAAUGCACAUGAAUUAUUAUGAGCCAUAUUUGAAACACCCCAUGCACUUCCCCAAGGUCAAGACUAAAGCCCUUCACCCAUCACCUCCACCUUCUGAUUCACAGCCUGCGUAA